UGACGUCACUGUGAAUCGAGUCUGGCCGCUGCAGUUCAAUCUCUUAUCUUCGUUGCGAGUUUUAUUUUGGUGUAGCCUAACUUCCGGGCCCCCUGCCCGCUCACACGGUGAGCGGGGAUGGGGCCCGCCGUCAAGAGCCUGCAGUGUUCCCAUUCAGCGUGCUGUAGCUGAAGAGGAACGAUGGCCUCCCCCGCUUUUGUCUCGGUGUCUCUGUUACUGCUGGUGGCAGCGGGGCAGCUUAGCUUCGCCGUCCAUCCCUUACUCGUCUUCCUGAUCGAUGGUUUCCGCUACGACUACAUGGACGACUUGAACUCACUCCCUGGCUUCAAGGAGCUUGUAUCCAGAGGCGUGAAAGUGGACUACAUGACGCCGGACUUCCCGAGUUUAUCCUACCCGAACUACUACUCAUUAAUGACUGGUCGUCACUGUGAUGUCCAUCAGAUGACGGGAAACUACAUGUGGGAGGAAUCCUCUGGAAAGGAGUUUCUGAUUGGGACCAAUGCCGACAGCAGAUUGCCUCUCUGGUGGAAUGGAUCAGAGCCAUUAUGGGUCACUUUGCAGAAGCUUGGAAAGAAAGUUUUUAUGUACUACUGGCCAGGCUGUGAGGUGGAGAUUUUGGGAGUUCGCCCAACCUUCUGUGAAGAGUACAGCUACAAUCCAUCGAUAGCAAACCUAACGGAUUCCAUUGAGCGUUCUCUCGACAUGCUCAGGUCAGGCGAUGCAACCAUGGCAGCGAUAUAUUACGAGAAAAUAGACGUAGAGGGACACCACUUCGGUCCAGACUCUCCCCAGAUCAAAACAGCAGUGCAACAACUGGACACGGCAAUGCAGAUGCUGAACGACAAAAUUAAAGAGAAGAACAUGUUGAAUCAGGUCAACGUUGUGCUAUUUUCUGACCACGGCAUGACAAAAAUUGAAUGGAUGGACAAGGUGAUAGAGCUGGACAAGUAUAUCAACAUGUCAGACAUUAUCAAGAUGAUGGACAGAGGACCAGUCGUCAGUUUGUGGGUCAAAGGAGCCAAGUUCCAACAGGUGCAUGCAGCUUUGUCCAAGGUCCCAAACAUGCAUGCUUAUGCCAGAGUGGAGAUUCCCGAACGUUUCCAUUAUAAAAGAGGAAAGUUUGUCGCCCCUCUGACACUGGUGGCUGAGCCAGGCUGGUUCAUUGCCCAGAAUAAGGCUCAUCUUCCGUACUGGAAAAAUGACUCCAGUGGGCAGCCCUCGGCAUGGCAAAAUGGCUGGCAUGGUUACGACAACGAUUUUCGAGACAUGGGCGGCUUUUUCUUGGCAGCAGGACCUGACUUCAAGCAGAAUUUCCGCGCUGCUCCUAUCCAAGCUGUGGACGUCUAUAACGUCUUAUGUCGGACGCUGGAAGUGGAACCUUUGCCAAAUAACGGUUCCUGGUCUCGUGUUCAGAAUCUCCUCAACAGUUCUGGUAGUUUGCACUUGCCAACAACCCAAUGGAUCUGCGCCAUGAUUUUUUUAGGAGCCCUGCUGGCACUGCGCCAAUAAAAGACCCCUCGGUUGAAUAUUGUUAAAUGUCUACAGGCAAAAGACAUGUUGUAACAACCUAUAGACUAUAACUUGAAACCACCAAGAGUAAUUAUAGAUCCAAGUAAAAUUCAGACACAAAUAAUGAUGAUACUAUUUAUAAAUGUGUUUGUGUUUUUUUUUUUUUUUAAAUUCCAAGUGAAUUU